AUACAUAUACAUAUAUAUGAUGUUAGCAAAUUUAUAAAGCAGCUGAUGCACACGGUAUAUUCAAUUUUGAAUUUCAAGCAAAGUUUUAUUAUAGAUUUUUUGAGAUAGGUCAUACAUAUUUCUUAAUUUGAAAAAUAAUGGAGGAAGGAAAUAAUAAUUUUUAUUAACAGUUGUGAGCAAUAAUUUUGGAUAUGUGUAAUGAGUUCUCCAAUUGUCCUGGUUUCGCUUUGCGUUAUUCGCAUUGAGAUUGUUAAUCCAAAUCAGGAAGAAACAAUUAGUACAAUGGCUGCUAGAAAAAUGAGGGGACGUAGAGAAGCAAGAGAUAUUACUUUAGAAAACUACUCGUGUACUACUGAAAGGCCAUCUCCUUUUUUAACUUCUCAAGGAUCUAGUAAACCACAUUUAUUACCAAGAGCAAACUCUGAAGAAACUUCGUUUACAACAUGUACUUCUGUAUCAACUUCUGAAGGUGCAGAAAUAAUUGGAGCUACAGCUUGUUCACAAUCCGAUCAAAUAAAUUUUAUUUCUGGAAAUCCAUUUGUGGAAGUUACUAAAGGAAUAUUACAUCUUUUUAAAGAAGAUGAAUUAACUGAAAUGCAUAGUGCAGCGGAUCGCAGUCAUACCAUAUGUAUGCUGUCAGUUCCAGCAACAAUGACUUGCCAUGAUCUUUUGACAUUCACAGCAGCUUGUCAUCAAGAUAUUCAGCAUGUCAGAAUUUUACGGGAUGGUAAUCCAAAUCAAUACAUGGCUUUAAUUACAUUUCGUUCUUCGAGUGCAGCUAGUGAAUUUUAUGAAACUUUCAAUGGUGCCCCUUAUAAUUCUUUGGAACCUGAUGUGGUAUGUCAUCUGGUGUUUGUGUCAAAAGUUGAAGUAGGAGAUAAUGGUAUGCCCUUAACAGGUCAUACAGAAUUGCCUUCAUGCUCUGUUUGUUUAGAAAGAAUGGAUGAAAGUGUGGAUGGUAUAUUAACCAUAUUAUGUAAUCAUACAUUUCAUUCAAGUUGCCUUGUAAAGUGGGGUGAUACAUCAUGUCCAAUUUGUCGUUAUGCUCAAACACCAGAACCACUUGCAGACAGUCACUGCAUGGAAUGCGCUGCCGGAACAAGCAAUGAAGCCUUAUGGAUUUGUUUAAUAUGUGGUCACAUUGGAUGUUCUCGUUAUCAUCAGGGACAUGCAUUUGAACAUUAUCGUGAUACUCAUCAUUGUUAUGCAAUGCAAUUAGGUAACAAUCGUGUAUGGGAUUAUGUUGGUGAUAAUUUUGUUCAUCGUUUACUACAAGAUAAAGAUGGCAAGAUGGUGGAGGGAGGACAAACAGCAACAAAAAAUGAAGGUGCAGCUAUGGAAGAGAAAGUUGAUUCAGUUCAGUUAGAAUUUACAUAUUUAUUGACAUCUCAGCUUGAAACACAGCGGCAAUAUUUCGAAGAAAAGUUUAAUCGACUAGAACAACGUUCUUUAUCAGAGAGUACAGAAUUAAGAGAAAAGUUAAGUCAAUUAAUGGAAGAAAAUACAAAGUUUAAGGAGCAGUUUACAUCAUUUAAUAGAGAAAAACAAUCUUUGGAAAAACGCCUACAACAUACUACAACUAAAUUAACACAAGUUCAAUCUGAACUAAAAGAGGAAAAGGAAUUAAGAUCAUCUCUUCAAAUUAACCAAACAACAUGGCAAACAAAAUAUAAAGAAUUACAAGAAGAACUAUCAGAAUUAAAAACUGCAAAAGAAUCUGAAGUAAGAGACUUGCAAGAACAAGUACGAGAUUUUAUGUUUUAUUUUGAAGCUCAAAAACAAAUUGAAAAUUCUGCAAAUAGAGAUGAGAUAGCUGCUGGUCAAAUAGUUAUUGCACCAAGUCCUAGUGGUAGCAAAUUGAAAGGUUCUCGUUCUUCAAAAGGUCACAAAAGGCAUUAAUAUUAUCGUGAAAAAAAUUGUAACAUUUAUUACCAAAAUGCAAGCGCAAGGUGUGAUUAUUUAAUAAAUAAGAUUAAAUAUAUUAUAUUUGUAACUGAAAUCAGAAUUUAGGUUAUCAAAUGAAAUAAUAAUUUAAUAAAAAAACCCAUUGAA